CUUCUAAAGCCUGCACGAAUAUAUGACUCGGUAUUAUAUAUUUAUACCUUGUAAGGUAUAUAAGUUUUUAAAUUCCUGGUAUAGAAGUCAAUGAUAUUACAUCGGUUCAAAUAGUAACACACGGUAAAAAGGAAAAUAAUACGUACAGAUAACUCUUGACUGAAUCCGUCCUCACUGACUUCAUAAUAUACACUACGAUUUUAACGAGCCAACAUGUGUACCUGUUUCGCUUCAAUAGGACGUCUGCUUAUUUCUAUUCUAAGUGGAGUAUUCGCUUUAAUUGGAGUAGUACUUUUUUCAUUGGGUAUUAUCAUGAAGGUGAAACCUAGUUUACUUGAUUCAUCAUUACAAUCAGCACAGGGAUCAUUACAACAAGCCGCUGCUUUAGCUAGUUUCCCAGUACCAUCAACAGAUAUAAAUAUCAACGAUUUGGUUGGAAAAUUGACAAUUGUUCUCAUUGUUCUGGGUUUGUUUUUCCUAAUUGUUGGUAUUUUAGGAAUCAUUGGAGCCUACUGUGAAGUUCGAAUUGUAUUAAUUGUGUAUGUAAUUGUUGUGAUUCUACUACUGCUCAGUCAGCUUCUCCUAGUAAUUAUUGUUUUUGAAUAUCGAGAAUUGUUUGAUUCAACAUUAAAGGAACAUAUUAAGGAAGUUGUUAAGAACGACUAUACUGGGAUCAACGGUACAAGUGCUGGUAGCAUGGCUUUGAAUAUAUUGAUGAUUUCUCAAGGUUGUUGUGGAAUUGAUAACUAUACGGACUUUAGUGAAGAAAAUGCCCCAAAUUGGCAAUUCCGAUCUUUUAAAGAUAAGGAUGGAAUGCAACAUAAUCUUGUAACCCCCAUGGUCUGCUGUAAGAAUACAAGUCAGGCACCAAGCUGUGCUGAAACACCUGAUGCUACAGAUGUUAACAAGAAUAAUUAUAACAAGGGUUGUUAUGAUGUAAUAUGGCAAAUUGUUAAAGAUAACGAAGCUAUAUCUAUAGGAGUAGUAGUUGGUAUAUGUGCAUUACAGUUAUUGUUAAUAAUAUUUGGUAUUAUAAUCAUACACCAGAAAGGUAAACUACCUGUAUAGUUGAAAGAAGAAGGUUUAUCAAACCAGAAGACCAAACCAUUUCUGUAUGCCGUUCAUGGAAAUGUAGUCAUUGAAAGAAUAGUUCUAUUAUUUCAAAUACGUACUUUAACAUAAAUAAUUCUUGAGAAAUGUUUUCAGUUUAAUUCACAGAUAUUGUCCAAUCCCUUGUGUAUUACUAUUAUUUCUCGAAUAUAUGUAGAUAUGCCCCGCAAAUUCCUUGGUGAUAAUAGCAUGACGUUUUAUGACUCCGACCCUGGUAAUAAGUUUAACCGAUUUAUCCGUAUUGUAAUUUGAAGGGUUUGAAUCAAAUUGAGCUGACUUGCCUGAACUGUUAUCUGUUAAAUCAGGUUAUUUAUAAAUUUUAAUCCCCUUUUUUCAUAAGUUAGACUCUGCAUACAACCACGUGAUGACGUAUUUCUAAUUACAUUUCGAGACAUAUCAGAUAAAAGAAAGAACAGCGUGGUCCUGAAUAGAGAAUAUCAAUUCUAUUAAUUUAAAAUUCAAAAGUUUUCAAAAUUGUGGGUUUGCUCAGGUUGAUUAUGACCCCCCCAUUUAACUUUUAUCUCAUCUAUAUUAUAAAUGAGAAAUGUAGUUAAAGAUAUAAUUUAAAAACAAUGACUUUUGUAAUGUAAUCUCGCAAAGGUUUGAAUAUGAGAAUUAGAACAACCCCAGGUGUUCCGAUGGGUACGCAAUUUGUUAUUCAUUUUUCUAUAUUUUAUUCUUACAUUUUCCCAAACGGUUGUUUGUAUAGGAAUAAAUUUGACAAUAUAUAUUUCUGUAGAUCACCUUGUCGAGAUAAAAGCUUAAUUAUAUGUAAUAAA